AUGCGUUUCUCCAGUGCAAUCCCUGCCUUCCUGUUGGCUAUCACUGCCCCGGUUCAGGCAUGGAACAGACUUGACAAGGACAAUGCUGCUCUGCUGGUGAUUGAUCACCAAGUUGGUCUUUCCCAAGUCGUCCGUGACUUCAGCACCAACGACUUCCGCAACAACAUGCUGGGCCAUGCCGCUCUUGGAAAUGUCUUCAACCUGCCAACCGUCUUGACUACUUCCUCUGACGCGGGUCCUAACGGCCUCAUGAUCAAGGAAAUCAUGGAGAUGCACCCCAACGCUACUUUUGUCCGCCGCCAGGGUGAGGUCAAUGCUUGGGACAAUGCCGAAUUCCGGGCUGCUGUCAAGGCUACCGGCAAGAAGCAGUUGAUUAUUGGUGGAAUUGUGACUGAAGUUUGUACUGCAUUCCUGGCCCUUUCCCUGAUUGAUGAGGGGUAUGAAGUCUACGCCAACACCGACGCUAGCGGUACCUUUGACACCCGUCUUGCUGAGGAUGCGAACCGCCGUAUGGAACGCGCCGGUGUUACUCUGAUGGGACUAUUUGGCAUUGUUUGUGACUUGAUGCGGGACUGGAGGAAGACCCCUGGUCUGACUGAGCUUCUGCCAUACCUUGACAAGUACCAAUUCGCCUACGGUCUUGUUGCUCGUCACCACGCUGGUGCUCUACAGAACGGAACUCUGGCUACCGUUGAGUUGGGUCUGAUCUAA